AUGGCCCAGCUUGUGUCUUCACUGGGACUCUUCUGCCAGACCAAUGCAUUCGCCUGCCUGGUUCUCUGCUACCUGCUCUUCAUCCUGCUGGGAGGUGCGGUGUUCUCAGGUGUGGAGAAGCCGGUGGAGAAGGAGAUGAGGGCUGAGGUGGAGGAACUGCGCCGCUCCUUCCUGCAGGAGAACCCCUGUGUGCGGGAGAGCGAGCUGAGCGAGCUGCUGGGGAAAGCUCUCUCCGCUCACCAGAGGGACGUAGCCGUUCUGAAGGCCGACGCUGAUAACAGAGGCUAUGAUUUCACGUCAUCGCUCUACUUUGUCAUCGUCACUCUGACCACCAUGGGUUCUGACUCUUACACCCCCACAUCUGAUGAAGCCAAGCUCUUCUGUAUCUUCUACUGCACCCUGGGGAUCCCCCUCACCCUGUUCCUCCUCACCCUCCUCUCCAACCUCCUUCUCCCUUUUGUCACCCACGCUCCUGUCCAUCACCUGCACACGUACUGGGGUUUGCCCUACACCCGGGCCGCUAUUGUCCAUGCCGGCCUCCUCUCUGUGCUUGUCCUCUCCUUCCUCUUCCUCCUCCCCGCCCUCCUGGUCUGUAUGGUGGAGCCCGACUGGAACUUCCUGGAUGCUCUUUUCUUCUGCUUUGUCAUCCUGAGCACCGUGGGCCAGGGAGGAAACUCUCUGGGGAGAAGCUGGGGCCCGACGGCCAAGGAAACACUCCAACUCCUCACCACGUGUUACCUGCUGAUAGGCCUGGUGGCGAUCAUAACCUUCAAGGAAACUGUCCUGCAGGUCCCCCGGGUGUGUGCGGUGAUGAGGCUUUUCUCUGGUCUGCAGUAUGCAGAGCUGAAAGGUGUCCAUCUCAAUGAACUGACACUAAGCGAGGACAACUGUGAGGAGGAGGAGGAGGAGGAAGAGGAGGAGGAGGCUCAAUACUCCCAGUCCAUCUGUACCAUCUCCUCCACUCCAUUAGAGCUGAUGAGCCCGCGCUCGGACCGGCCUGCUGUCGCGCACAGCCAGAAGCUCAACUCCCGAGACCACCUGACCUUCACAGCUUCUGACUAG